UUGUAAAAGGUUUUAUUAACUCCUAAGUUAUGUUGAGUAGACCUUGUUGUUGUUGCUAUAAUUCUUAAUUCAUGCGUUGUAGGGGAGAUUUAUGUCACCACAAACAGAAACGAAAGCAAAGGUUGGGUUCAAAGCUGGUGUUAAAGAUUAUAAAUUGACUUAUUAUACUCCUGACUAUCAAACUAAAGAUACUCAUAUCUUGGAAGCAUUCGGAGUAACUCCUCAACCUGGAGUUCCGCCUGAAGAAGCAGGUGCAGCGGUAGCUGCAGAAUCUUCCACUGGUACAUGGACAACUUUAUGGACCGAUGGACUUACGAGCCUCAAUCGUUAUAAAGGAUGCUGCUACGAGAUCGAGCCUGUUCCUGGAGAAGAUAAUCAAUUUAUUGCUUAUGUAGCUUAUCCCUUAGACCUUUUUGAAGAAGGUUCUGUUACUAACAUGUUUACCUCCACUGUAGGUAAUGUAUUUGGGUUCAAGGCCUUGCGCACUCUACGUCUAGAAGAUUUGCGAAUCCCUGAUGCUUAUGUUAAAACUUUCCAAGGUCCUCCUAACGGAAUCCAAGUUGAGAGAGAUAAAUUGAACAAGUAUGGACGUCCCCUAUUGGGAUGUACUAUUAAACCAAAAUUGGGUUUAUCCGCUAAGAAUUAUGGUAGAGCAGUUUAUGAAUGUCUCCGCGGGGGACUUGAUUUUACCAAAGAUGAUGAAAAUCUGAACACCCAACCAUUUAUGUGUUGGAGAGACCGUUUCUUAUUUUGUGCCGAAGCAAUUUAUAAAUCACAGGCCAAAACAGGUGAAAUCAAAGGACAUUAUUUCACUGCUAUUGCGGGUACAUGUGAAGAAAUGCUAAAAAGAGUUGUAUUUGCUAGAGAAUUGGGCGUUCCUAUCGUAAUGCAUGACUACUUAACAGGUGGAACGACUAAAGAGAUGAGGAAGGGCGUAGUAAGCGACAAAAUGCUUCGUGGACCCCUUUAA